AUGAAUCAAAAUAAGAAAAACAGAGCCUUUUCUUUUCAAAUGAAAAACAAUUCAAGAGUGCUCUCUGAAGUCUAGGAUAGUCAAUUAUCAACUGCAAGAGUUCAGGGAAUCGAAUCACCUAAAAAUCAUUCUAACUUUUUUAUCUUAGAAAAUGAUUAAAUCUAAUCUCCGAGAAUAUCUACUUAAAGAUCUCUAUCAAAAUUUCAUAUCAAUUCUUUAAGUCCAAAAAAUAACUACGUUUAUUCAAGAAAAUCAAUAUUAACAGCCUUGCCCAGUAAUUCACAGUCAGCAAUGUUGUAUCAUUUUGAAAAAUAACUUGCAGAAUAUCUCAAAUCCAAUGAUUAAAUAGGUGUUAUUGAAAGUAUUAAACCAUGUUUCAUAAGGUUUAUUUAAUUUGAUGGUCAUAGCAGUUGAACAAGAUAACAUUGAAUUACUGAUCACUUUUAUGCGUUUAUGUGCUUUAACCUUUAUUUCAUUUCAAUAAUGGACUAAAGCAUUGUUAUUUUUUCAACAUUGUAAGUUUCUUAGUGAAUUCACUCGAUAAUUAGACGUAAUUUAAUGGACCUUUCUUUAAAUAGGUAUUCUAUGUAAGUAUAUCAAAAAAUAUGAUAUUGGAAAAAUAUUCAUAAAAAAAGUAAUUUAAAAUAAUUAUUAAUCAUAGUCAUUAGAAUACUCAUGGUUAAUUAGAGAUUUAGAUCAAGAAAUUAUUUGUUAUGAAGAAUUAGGCAAAUUAUGUUUUCUUAAUUAUGAAUUAUAAACAGCAAAAUCAUUACAUGAAAAAAGCAUGAAGGGAACUAUUGAAAAAGAAUAAUCUUCAUUAAGAUAAGUAUCCAAAAAAGGAAUGGAACAAAUCUUAAAUAUGUUUCCUCAAUAAGAAAAGAAAUUAGGUUUACGUAUAUUUUCUAAAGCUGUUAAUUUUCCAUUAAAAUUUAUCGAAUGCUAAAACUAAUAAUAUUAUUCCAAAAGAUCAGUAAAAAAUUAGUAUUUAAUUUCAAAUGAUUUUGAAUGUAUACCUAAUCAAAGAAUAAUUGAAAUAGAUUUAACACUUGAAGAUAUGUUACAAUAGUUUUUGAAAGGUAUGAAUUUUUCUUUUGAAAUUCCAAUUCCAAUAUCAGUAACUGAAGAAUAUGAAAGUAUAGCUGAAUACAAUUAAAUGUCUUCAACAUAGAGAUUAAAAUAAACAUAAUUAGCUACAAUAAUUAAAUUACAUUCCUAGAAAGGUUCUGCUAUAAACAAAUCUUCAGCAAUUAGAUUGGAUUAAUUUUAGAAGAAACUUCCACUUGAUUAAAUAAUUCAGUAACGCUUAGAAAUGAAAUUUGAUAUUCCAUAUACACGUCAAGAUAAAGUAAGAAAUAGAAAAUUUGCUAACAAUUUAGAAUAAAUUAGAUUAACUCAUGAAAAGAACAGUAUUACUCAAAGUUUGGAACACUAAAAAAAAGGACUUAUCAGAUAUGCUUAAAAAUUACUAAAUUAAUAAUAAAUUACUUUCAUAUGA